GCCUCGUCGUUCCUUCCCUCGCCUGCGGCUCAGGCUCGCGCUUCCCUGUGAUAUACCGCCCUGCCUGCCGCGCGCCAUCUACUAGAAGAUGCGCGCCGAGCUCCCUGCUAUUUCGUUCCUCUGCGUCGCCGCGCUGGUCCUUGUGGCGCCCGUUUUUGCCUCAUCGCGAAAUAUCCCUGUCCUGUCGCUGGCGGCUUGGCUCCUCUGCUGCAAUGUCAUCCACGGCGUCAACACGCUUGUAUGGGCAGGAAACGACGCUAUACAUGUCCCCGCGUGGUGCGACAUAGUGACCAGAGUGCUCUUAGCGGUCCAGCUCGCGCUCCCAGGAUCCGCGCUUGCAUUGGUCCUGAAGCUGCGCCGAUGCGCUCUAGGUCAGGAAACGAUACGCAAAGCGCCUACGCUCACAACAGACCUCAUGCUGUGCUUCAUACUCCCGGUAGUCUACAUAAUCCUCCACAUAAUUGUGCAACCGCACCGAUUCGACCUCUCCACGGACUUCGGCUGCACUGCCUCGAUACACACGUCCUCCCUUUCGAUCAUCUUCAUCUGGAUACCGCCCCUUCUACUUUCCAUGCCGACCUUUGUGUAUGCGGUCCUUUCUGUCCGCGCCCGUCUGGACAGCGGCCUGUUUUUCUUCAGCCACAUGCACGAUGCGCCACAAGUCAAUGCCCUCACAUUCAUCCGCCCCCUGGUCAUCUCUGUACUCAUUGCUGUUAUCUCUUUCUCCGUCACCAUCUUCUCUAUGGCGGCGUAUCUCGCGGACGUCGGCGGUCUUCAGGCGUGGACAGUGGAAAUGUGGAACGACGUGCACGCCCAAAUGUCCCAGAUUUUCGUGAUUCCAGCGACCUCUCAUCGUGACCUCACCAGGGUCGAGGUGGAAUGGUGGGUCGUACCCGCGUGCACCCUCAUCUUCGUCUGCAUGACGGCGCUGGCGUUUUUCUCCGGCAUCCAAGGCGAUCGCAUACGGACGCACAGUGGACUCCCCCACUGGUUCCGACGCACAGUUAUGCGACAAACAUCGAAAGAUUCCUUCGGGCACUCGAAAGGCAUGAGCGGACAGACCCUCUGCAGCACUCCCUCCUCGCCCACGUCAAUGUACGAGAUGAAGUCGGGCUGGGAGGACAACUGGCGCCCCGCCGCUCCCUCCAAGGUCAAGCUCGCUCCGCUGACCAUUCCGGACGCGCCUUCACGGUCCACCCUCGUCGUUUCGGACCCGGAAGACCCGUUCGUACAGUCGACGCUCACCUACAUCGAAUCGCCGACCGGCCGCGAGGCCUUGGGUCUUCCGCCUAUCCCCCCUGCUGCUUACCACCCGGCGCAGUAUAACGGAAGCACGUCCCUCCCUAUGGCCCGUUCCCCUUCGCGUUCACCGAGCCCUCCGAAAGAAGGGGCACAAAAGAUUGCGGUUCCUCGCCCAGCCUCGAUCCUAUCCGGCCCGUGGCCCAAGCCGCCCUCGACCAUCCCCCCAUCUCCUCGCACGCCCUCGCCUAGGACUCCCAUCACGGUGUCCCCUCCGUCUCCUAUCCCCGAGCCUGUCUCCCCUACUGUUCAUGUCCAUUCCCCCUCGUCGCGUCCCGAAAGCGUCUCGUCCUUCAGUGGCAGCUUCGCAUCCUCGAUGAUCAGUAUCGGCUCCCUUGUGCUCGAGGAGCCGUACGCCCCUCCGUUCCAGGACAGCGCGUCGGGGUCAGCAGGCCCCGGCCUCGCGGUGCCGAAGCACAUUCGGAAGGCGCGGAGCAGGGACGUGCUUCCCAGAAGUCUGAGUACGAGCUCGCGUGCAAGACGUAAUGGCUCGGACGGCGCGCUCUCGGGAGGGAUCUAUAUGACCGUGGUGAGGGAAACGGAGUGAAUGGAGCACCGUGCAGCAGGCGUCCGUCGGAGAUGGGUGCCGGGGGUAGCGCACCAGGCGCACCCCGGUUUCUUUCUCUCUCUGUGGUUUCGGUUUAUCGUCUCACUAAUUUCUCUUAGCUGCACAUAGCCAGUUUAACCUAGCCUUGGUCUCGUGCCGAGGCUAGGUUUUUGACACUCUUUCCCUUGCGACAACAUCUCCGAUCCUUCUCUCGGUUCUGUAUUCCCCCUGCGUGUAGCAUACAACCUGUAGCAGUUAUCCCGC